CCUUGAGCUUAUGGUUUCCGAUGCUGCUAGGGUUCUUAAUGCGAUAUCCUGAAGGAUGCGCAACACAGCGUCAUGCAAAAGCGAGCGUAAGGGGAAGUAUACGAUGGGUGAAGGCAAAGUACAGGCACUGUUAAGAAAAAGUGAAAUAUUACGCAAAAUUUAGGAGAACAAUAUCUUUUAACGAUCACAAAUUAUUGUUGACUGUAUUCACUGUCGUAACAGUUGUCUUAUAGAAUCUUUCACUCAACUUUCAUGCACUCACUUCUGAGAUCGCUGGUUUAAAUUUUCACUUCGAAAAGGACAAAAUCCAAACAACGCUUUUUGUGCACCGGUCGAAGCGAAAAGGACCAGUUUGACCCUGAUCUAGCAGUUUUAAGCGGGAAAGUUGUGUAGGACGGAGGGAGGGAGACUGCGUGCGACAAGGAAACGCGAAGUCAAGCACGAAACAAGCUCUUUUUUUUUUCUGCGUGAGCGCGCGAGGUCAGUAUCACCGCCAAGAGGUCAUGCUCUCUUCCCUACUGCUCAUCUCACUUCCCUAUCGGGGCCGAUGGAAUGCCCGCUGGUCUUGCAGGCUGGGGUGUUGUGUCGCGUGCAGCUUAUCUAUUCCUGGAAACAAAAUGGUGACGUGGAAGAGUUUCUUUGAAUGAUAUCUGUCCAUGGUUAAAUAGCAAUGUAUGCGAUGAACAGUAAGUAGCAGUAACAGACAUUUUGCAUAUGAAGGGUUGGUGUGUCAUGUGUUACGGCACCUAACACUAAUCCUAACUGCACGUGUGACAACCAGGAUCUGGCAACUUUUGGUUUUGCUGUCGACUGAUUUCUUAUCUGAAACUAAAGCCCUGGGUGGCUGGUGGAAACAUUCACUGAACACAAGAAAGACGAUAAAACACAAUUCAACACAAUCGGUGAGGAGACUGCAGACUGAAAAUCAAGAUGGCGGGUGUCACUGAUGAUCAAUGGGAGACAAAAGUGGCAAAGCUGCUGCUAAGGCAGUUCGAUGGGAGAGCCAAGUUUAACAAACUGAGCACUAUGAUGUACCAAAGGCAGCUCAUAAGCAACCAAGGAAAGAAUAAUAUUUUCAAGAAGCUCAAAAGCAGCAGAAAGCUACUGGCUUUUAGACAUGAUAAAUUCAUAAAAUAUGUUUCCGUCUUCUGUGACGGUGCGAGCAUUUGUAGUGAUCAGAGGAGCCCCACAUCGGAAACUUGUAUCAAAGAAAACUGUGACAAAUUUCACGUGUGCAAAUUCUUCAUCAGUGGUGUCUGUACAACUGGCUCUGCUUGCUCUUUUGGUCACAACCUUUCAACCCGGGCCAACAAGAGGGCAAGUGAAAGUCUCGGCCUGUCUUCCUUUUCCGCCAAAGAAAUCCGCACCAUUCUAUUCCGCAGCCAUCCAGCCGUGUGCGAGAAGUACAACACCAGAGGCUGUGAUGACGAUGACUGUCCAGACCUUCAUGUCUGCUCUGCCUUCCUGCUUGAGAAAUGUACAGCUGGAAACAAAUGCAUAUUGGGACAUUCAUUUCUAUCGACGAGACACAACCAGUGGGUUCUUAACACAUUUAAUCUGAGCAACUUGACAAACAAGCAGUUAAUAGAAUGUAUCUUGGUGACAAAUAUGUCUCAUGGGGUCACCGACAUAGAGGUCAUGCCACAACCAGAAGUGACGUCAUCAACAUCGUCGCCAAGUCCUCUCAUACUUGAUGCUCAGUCUCUACCAGAAGAAGAGACAGAAGAGUACGUUUUCAGUGUCUUCAGCUUUAUUCUGAAGCGCUUUGCUGGGCGAACUAAGUUUCCUACAUUCUUGUCUGAAAGAGGGUCUUUGCUCCAGCGGUUAGGGAAAGCAGACAUCAUUGACUGGUUUCAUAACUACAGUGACCGAUUCUUCCUGUACAAAACAAAUGACGAUAUCAAGUAUGUUGCCGUUCACAUGAAAUUUGCCAGGAUAUGCUUCUAUUACUCCCAGCCUGGAACUUUAAUUUGCAACAACCCAUCUUGUAAGUACUUUCACGUUUGUAGAGGUUUUCUCACUGGUGAUUGUGUCAACAGUGCCAAGUGUUGUCUCACUCAUACUUUCACUUGCUGGCCAAAUUCAGAAUUGUGUAGGGAUUUGAACCUCACGACCUUUACGGACAGUGAGGUCUGCGAGCUCAUUCUCAGCAGCAAUCCCGUCGUCUGUGUAAAUUACAACACAUCAGGCUGUCACAAUAAUGAUUGUCCCGACCUCCAUGUUUGUUCAAAGAAUAUUUUAAACCUGUGUACCAGAGGUGAUGGCUGCCACUUUGGGCACCAAAUAAGGGAUUCAGGAAGACACAAUACAUAUGUUUUACAGGCGCUUCAAAUGGUCUCGUGGCAAGAGACCAUGUUGCGCAAAAUUGUGAUAAUCAAAAAAAAGCCAGACGAAAGUGUGGAAGGAGCUCAAUACAGUAUGGCGAAGGAACUGCCGCUAGGUGCCAUCGCUGCUGCAACAUCAGUACCAGAAGGUUGUCCAGAGGAAAGUUCAACGAAAGCUAAAGGUUCACCUGUGUCAAUACGAGGCGUUGCCGUGGAUGAGGCAGAGAAAAUCGACCUAGGACCAGUGUUGUCAAACUUAGUAUCUGCUGUCAAUCCCAGCAAGUUUACAUUCAUCUGUGAAGCGUUUGUUUGGAGAAAACCAUGUUCCCGUGGUUUGGACUGUCCAUAUUAUCACAACCCUGAUCGUCUGCCAUACCUGUGGCUGAUUCAAAUGAGCGAUGGUUGGCAUAGCAUCUGCUCCCCUUACAGUGACCAGCUGGAGACCAGUUAUUGUGACCUCCGUGAUUUUCAAUCAUUACUGCUUGGAACACAAGAUGUGUCCAUAGACUUCGAGGCUAUGCGUGCCCGACUCCAAGGCUCGAAACAGUCCUUACCUCUCGCCCGUCUCUCAACACCAUCGUACGUGUCGGCAGCACCAGACACACCCCUCAGCUUCUACACCCAGUGGUUGUGGUAUCGGAGAGAGAGCUAUGGCGUGUAUACCCCGUUUUACCCAGGGGCGCUGCAGUACACUCUGGAGGAGAAGUACCUCAAGGGACAGCACAAGUACUACUUCGAGUUUGACGAGCUUCGCCUGAUGGUAGAGACUGAUAGGUCGCCGAUGAUGCAAACAAACCGCGACACACAGCGAGCCACACGGAUUGUUCGGCGUCCUCUUUUUACAGUCACUGCUAAAGCUAACUAUCCACAAAUGUCGUUGUUGCUCCUAGGCGAGGCCCCAACGUCAGUCCUGCACCAUGUGCCUGAACACUGGUCUGUCGUGGACCACUUCCAGGACUUCGAACUCGUGGAGCUGGACUCAGCUAGUCCAGAGUACGCUGCCGUGCAGCGACAGUUUUUCUCGACAAUGAAAGCCAGACAGCACGAGAUUAUGCACAUGUUUCGUGUACAGAACCCUGGGCUUUGGGAUAAAUACUGCAGUGCAAGACGGGCAAUGACUCCUAAAGGGCAGGCACCAAAAGAGGUGGAGGAGCGUCAGUUGUUUCACGGAACCCCGACACUUCAGGCGGCCAGGGGCAUCUGCGCCAACAGUUUCGACUUCCGCAGGUCUGGAGAAAAUGUCGGAGCUCGAUGGGGCAAGGGAGCUUACUUCUCCACCACAGCCAAGUUCAGUCACAGCUACACACGUGCUCACACCACACUCACAGGCGACUCCCUGAGGUUCAUGUUUCUGGGAAGGAUCCUGGUGGGGCAGUACACUCUGGGUCAUCCUUCUUACACUAAGCCACCAGAGCGUGACCGGCUGAAACUGUACGAUUCAUGCGUGAACGAUGUGUCCAACCCCGCCAUCUUUGUCAUCUUCGACCUGGCACAGAGCUACCCGGAGUAUCUGAUCCAGUACACAGAUGUGUCAGACAGCAGACCACAGCCACAGCUCCGCCCACCAACGUCAUCACCACCACUAGGGGCGACCAAGACUGUGACUUCUCCACCUACUUCUGUCUUAGCGACUAGGGUCCAGAGUUACUCUUCUGCAGCUCAAUUCCAGAUCAAAUCGCGCACAGCGCCAUCUCCUCCUAGACCUACAGCCAAUCCGUCAGCACCUUUAGUACCACGUGCCGUGACGCAGUCUGUCUUGUCACUUUCAUCAACACAUCAGUCAUCCCCAUCGUCACCAGACAUGCGGGUUUCAUCUUUGUCGCCUGGUUCAAGUUCUCCUGUAGCAGAACAGGAGAAAAGUUCAAUGCUUAAGCGGAAGAAAAAGUGUGUUAUUUCUUGAGGCUUUAGUGAGAGGGAGAAAAAAUAUCCACGUAAAACCACAGGCCCAGUUUUACGCUGGAAAUCUUUUCCUAACUGUUAGUAAAUACGGGCAUUUUAACAUAUUAACAUUGUGCUAUUUCUAGAAUAAUUCAUAAUUCCUUCUGUGAGACAGUAGAAGACGAUUGUUUUUACGACCUUAUUUUCUAUGCAGGUAUAGAGUAUAAUUUUUCAGUUUGGGAUUAUAGUUAUACAGAAAUCGUUUUAAAUUAUAUUCACACAGUUAAUGUAACUGUGGUUGCGACGUCGUCUGCCUCGCUUUUUAUUGUUCUUUUCCAAGUCUGCUUUGGUCUCCCAACGAUUCUCUUCCUCUGAGGGUUCCAGUUAAGUGCAUACUUGACAAUGGUUUCAGCUGGUUUGCGCAGUGCGUGUUCUAUCCAGCCUCAUUUGUGCUUUUUAUGUCUUGGCUAGCGGCAUUUUGGCUGGUUCUUUUCCACAGGCUGGUGUUGGAAAUCUUGUCAGGUCAUAUUCCAGAUUGUGGCAUAGUCAUCGUUUUGUAAAGAUCUGGAGCUUUGUUGAUGGUGUUUGUCACUCUCCAGGUUUCAGAUAUAGAUACGAACUAUAUACUAGGACUGACUUCACACUGGUGUUAAAGAUGCGGGUCUUACUGCUGAAAAAUAAUGCUCGGGAGUUCCAGAUGAGGAGUAGGCUGUUGAAAGCAUACCUGGCCUUGUUGAUGCGGCUUUUGAUGUCAUCCUCCGCUCAACCGUCCUUGUUGACAAUGCUCCCGAGACACGUAAAGCUUUGUUUCCAGGAUAUUCUCUCCCUGAAGUUGGAUUGGGAGUUCCUGUUUGUUGUUGAUUCUAAUUACUGUGGUCUUCUUUCUGUUGACCUUUAAGCCAGUCUCCUCUGCCAGCUUACUCAGUUUGGUUUGUGCAUGUUGUUGCCGAUGUGAUAGGAGACUAAUGACUAAUGUGAAGAGAAAAAAAUAAAAAAUAGAGGGAUUUCCUUUUUGGUUGUUGUUUUGCUUUGUUCUUCCUAGCUCAUCGUCACGUUUAACCGCGUCAGUGAAUUCUUUGCUUUCCCUUUUCUUUAGGUAGACAUUCAUUUUUAUUUACAUUAAAUUAUAGUUUCUUGUAGUAAAAACAAAACACUAGAUUGAUAUACUGCUGCUUUGAUCCACUUGUAAAAUAAUAAAAUUAUGUUUGUGUGC